AUGUACGAGGUGAUGUCCAGUGACACUCUGGCCUGGAGAGCCCAGCCUCCCAGGACCAGCAACUCCGACUCCAACCCGGACCCCACGCAGUUCAGCGGCGAGGUCAAGAUCCUCAAAGUCUGCUUAUGCAACAACAACACGCUCGGGAAGAACUUCAAGCUCGUCAAGUGCGACAGCUCCUGGCAAAUUAGGGCAAUCAUCCGCUCCAUCCUGAUCAGUGGGCGGUUGGGGCCAAACGUGGUACACACAGGAUGUUACGGGCUCCUCCUGAAGCACCUGAAGUCUGAGGAGAUCCACUGGCUCCACCCGGACCUGACCGUGGGGGAGGUGGAGCAGCGCUACGAGAAACUUCACGUGGAGGCCGAGUGGAGAUAUGAUCUCCGUAUUAGAUAUAUUCCUGUCAAUUUCCUGGAGAAAUUUCAAGAUGACAGAUCAACAUUAGUGUAUUUUUAUCAACAAGUGCGCAGUGACUACAUGCAGUUUCAUGCCAGUAAAGUCAGUGAUGGGAUGGCUCUGCAGCUCGGCUGUUUAGAGAUUAGGAGGUUUUAUAAAGACAUGAAUGCAAAGGGCCUCGAGAAGAAAUCCAACUUUGAGCUGCUCGAAAAAGAGGUGGGCCUGAAUCUAUUCUUCCCUCCACAGUUGAUAAACAGCAUGAAGUCAAAGCAGCUGCGAAAGAUGAUCCAACAAACGUUCCAACAGUACGGCUCUCUCAAAGAGGACGACUGCAUGAUCAAGUUUUUUGAGACUUUGAGGGAUUGCACCAGCUACGACGAGGAGGUUUUCCCCUGUGAACUAGUGCAAGGUUGGAGUCUGUCUGUGCAGCUGGUGAUCGGUGGAAGAGGAAUCCGGCAGCGAACUCAGGAGAGCGCAGCGCCUGUGUUUUUAGCAGAUUUCAAACAGAUAAAGAGACUCCAAUGCAAACCUCAGUCUGAUGGAAAAGCUCUCAUCAAUCUUGACGUAGAGGGAGCCAGACAGCGUGUAUCAAUUAAUGUGGCGACCGUCCCCAGAGCAGAAAACAUGAUGGACCUCAUUGAUGGUUAUUGUCGUCUGGAAAAUGACAAUGAUAUUUCAGUUAUCUACAGGUCACUCAAGUCAGACACCAACGCGCGCAGUUCCCUGCCUGAGAUCCCCACAGGCAGCAGAAACUCUGGCUCCAUCCGGCAGAGCAGGGACUCUGAUAUCUAUUGUGAAAUUCUUGAUGAACGACCCAAAUCAGUUGUAAAAUAUGGGAUCGAUCGACACAACAUUGUCCUCGGGCGAAUCCUCGGGGAAGGCUUUUUUGGAGAAGUGUACGAUGGAGUUUACAAACACGCUAAUGGGAAAAGAAUUAACGUCGCUGUGAAAACGUGCAAAGACUGCUCUCCAGAUGUGAUGGAGAAGUUCAUGAGUGAAGCAGUUAUUAUGAAGAAUCUGGACCAUCCUCAUAUCGUCAAACUCAUCGGCAUCAUUGAGGUAGACCCAGUGUGGAUCGUGAUGGAGUUGUAUCAGCACGGAGAGCUCGGUCACUACUUAUCUCAGAACCAGAAGACGCUCACAGUGAUAACUCUGGUGCUGUUCAGCCUGCAGAUCUGCAAAGCACUGGUUUACCUCGAGGGAGUCAACAUGGUGCAUAGAGACAUCGCGACUCGAAACAUAUUGGUGGCCAAUCCAGAUUGUGUGAAGCUUGGCGACUUUGGUUUGUCACGAUAUAUUGAGGAUGAAGAAUAUUAUAAAGCAUCUGUAACGCGGCUGCCAAUAAAGUGGAUGGCUCCAGAAUCUAUCAACUUCAGGCGCUUCACCACGGCCAGUGACGUGUGGAUGUUUGCGGUAUGUGUGUGGGAGAUAACGAGUUAUGGGCAGCAGCCCUUCUUCUGGCUGGAGAACAGGGAUGUCAUUAACCAGCUGGAGCAGGGCAUCAGGCUGCCCAAACCAGACCACUGCCCCCCCGCCCUCUACUCACUCAUGACCCGCUGCUGGUCCUAUGAUCCCAGAGAGAGACCCACCUUCACCGAGCUCGUCGUCAAGAUCAGCGAUGUCCACAUAAUGGAAAAGGAGCAGGAAGUGGAGAGAGAGCGGGACAAAGCACGUUCAACAAAGAUUUUUGAAACCAAGUUUAACUUUAAUGAACCUCCUCCGAAGCCGUCGAGAGGCAAGCCGGGCCGCUUCGGAAACACUCUGAGCAUUGGCCUCCACAUCCAGCUGAACGAGGCGCUGUGUGCCAGCUCUCCGGACCUGGCCAGUCCCAGUGAUUACCAAUCCCCUGUUGACUCUAGAAACACCUUGGCACUGCCAGCCACCUCCCCGCGGCGCCGCAGCAUUGGGGAGGGAGAGUUCCUGCGCAUGGAGUCCAACAGCAGAGAGGUGGUCCAGCGCCUGUGGCAGCAGGAGCGCCAGCACAUGCACGACACUCUCUGCAGGCAGAAAGAGGCAAUGGUGGAGGAUAAGAAGUGGCUGGAGAAGGAAGAGCAACUCCUGGACCCCAAGGGACCAGAGGUGGUCAUCAGCCCAGUGCCUGAAGACUCAGACAAUGCUACGCCAGAGAAGCCCCCACGAGUUACAGCUCAUCCUGCUCCCACGGCCGAACUGGACCGCUCCAACGACAGAGUGUACCAGACGGUGAUGGACCUGGUCAAAGUGGUGGUUCAGCUGAAGAACGAUGUGGCAGCACUGCAGCCUGAACAUUACAUCAGCAUCAUUAAGUCGGUGGGGAUGGCCUUGCGGGACUUGAUUUGCAGCGUGGACGAGAUCCUCCCCACGUUACAUGAAUCUGUCAGGACCGAGAUCGCGGGCACCCAGAAGCUGCUGAACAACGACAUGUCGGAGUUGAUCAGUAAAAUGCGCCUGGCCCAGCAGAACGCCAUCACGUCUCUGAAGGAGGAGUGCAAGAAGCAGAUGCUGGCGGCGGCACACACGUUGGCCAUGGACAGCAAGAACAUGCUGGACGCCGUGGACCAGGCACGAGUCAGAGCUAACCUGGCCAAACCUGUGGCUCCCUAG